UACUUUUCCUGCUUUUUCUGAUAUUGAAGCUUUUACAUGGAUCUUGAGCCAACUCUUACGUGCCCAGUUGCCAACCUGCAUUAUUGCUUCUCUUGUAUCUCCAUCAACAUAUAUAGACGAAUUAAAUGCACAAAUAAUUAUUUUGAUUAGUUAUAUAUACUUGUAAUCUCUUUCGUUUAUACGAUUUUGCGGAUACGAAGAUUGUUUGCACGUUUCUGUCAUCCAGUUUUACAGGAUUAUAAUUUAUAAAUAUGUUAAUACAUGCUAUGUGCAAGAGUCACAGAGAAAAUGGCAAGUCUGAAAGAAGGCACCAACAACACUGACACUGACACUGUCACUGUCUACGCCGCCCAAGCUCUUCCUCUGCUUCACACUCUUCACCCCCUCCGUCGCACCUUCUUCAACCGCGUGUUUGCUUUGGUUUACGCGUGUGCCAUCCUAGCUCUUGUCUAUCGCCAUGCACAAACACUUCUCAACUGCAAAAACUUGGCUUCUUUCUCUGUAACGCUCUCUUUGUUGCUCGCUGACCUUAUUUUGGCCUUCAUGUGGGUGGCCACACAGUCGUUUCAUAUCCGUCCGGUUCAUCGUAAAGAGUACCCAGAAAACCUUGAAAAAUUCCUGAAACCAAGAGAUUUUCCUGCUCUGGAUGUGUUUGUUUGCACCGCCGAUCCUUAUAAAGAACCACCCAUAGAUGUUGUGAACACGGCCUUGUCUGUUAUGGCGUAUGAUUAUCCCACCGAGAAGGUUUCGGUUUAUGUAUCGGACGAUGGAGGCUCGGCACUCACUCUCUUUGCUUUCAUGGAGGCUGCUAAGUUUGCAAGCCACUGGCUACCGUUUUGCAGGGAGAAGAAUAUCAUGGUGAGGAGCCCAGAAGUAUACUUCAGUACAUCAGAAUCAAAUCAUCCUUGGUGCUUGGAGACUCAGAAGAUUAAGGCUCUGUAUGAAAGCAUGAAAUUUAGAGUAGAACAUGUCGUUGAGACUGGCAAAGUAAGCGAUGAGUAUAUCAAUGGUGAUGAAGAACGUGAGGCUUCAAAGAAAUGGACAGACGGGUUCAUUCGCGAAGAUCAUCCCACUGUUAUUCAGGUCUUAUCAGAGAAUAGCAAAGACAGAGACGUUACUGGACAUUUGUUGCCCAAUCUGGUUUAUGUAUCCAGACAGAAAAGCAAAACUUCACGCCACUAUUUUAAAGCCGGUGCCCUCAAUACCCUGCUCCGAGUGUCAACCGUUAUGACCAAUGCACCAAUAGUGUUGACGCUUGAUUGUGACAUGUACUCAAACGAUCCCAAAACACCUCUCCGUGUACUAUGUUAUGCUUGUGAUUCUGCAACUCGAUCUGACUUGGCAUUCGUUCAGUUUCCUCAGCGUUUUCGUGGACUUAACAAGAAUGACUUGUAUGCCUGUGAGAUCAAGCGUUUGUUUGAAAUCAAUUUUCUGGGUUUCGAUGGGUUAAGGGGUCCAAAUUAUGUUGGAACCGGAACCUUUUUCCGUCGACGAGCAUUCUUCGGUGACCCUUCCUCUAUUUGGUCACCUGAAAUCCCUCAACUCCACCCAAACCAUGCUGUGGAUAAAUCAAUCAGGGCCCCAUCUGUCCUGUCAUUGGCUCACCAUGUAGCAGGCUGCAACUAUGAGAACCAAACCUACUGGGGAUAUAAGAUGGGCUUUCGAUAUGGGUCAUUGGUAGAGGACUACUAUACAGGUUACAGGAUGCAUUGUGAGGGAUGGAGGUCCAUAUUUUGUCAUCCUGAGAGGUCAGCAUUUUAUGGGGAUGCACCAAUAUGCCUUGUUGAUUUGCUAAACCAAAACAAGCGAUGGGCCAUUGGUCUACUAGAGGUCACCUUUUCCAGAUACAGUACCUUAAUCUUUGGGAUCCGCAGAAUUGGUCUAAUGGGUCUCUGUUAUGCUUAUUAUUCAUGCUGGCCCUUCUGGUCCAUUCCCAUCACUGUGUAUGCAUUUCUCCCCCAGCUAGCUCUCCUCAACGGAGUCAGUCUCUUCCCGAAGGUUUCUGAGCCAUGGUUUCUCUUAUAUUCAUUUCUAUUCAUUGGAUCCUAUGCAAGAGAUUGCCUAGAGUUUAUAUUAGAAGGUGCAACUUUCAGAAAAUGGUGGAAUGAUCAGAGGAUUUGGAUGAUCAGGGGACUGACAUGUUUCCUUUUCGGGUCCUUUGAGUAUUUUCUCCAGAGCAUUGGCAUUUCUGCAAUAGGUUUCAACGUGACCAGCAAAGUGCUUGAUGGCGAACAAAGCAAGAGAUAUGAGCAAGAAAUCUUUGAGUUUGGAGUCCCAUCUCCCAUGUUUGUGACGCUGGCAACUGCAGCAAUAAUCAACUUCCUCUCAUUCUUUAAAGGAUUCUUGGACAUUAUCAGUGGAACCAAUAUGGAAGGACUGUUUCUGCAGUUGCUUUUAUCCGGUUUUCUCAUGGUGAAUUGCUUGCCGAUUUAUGAAGCCAUGUUCCUGAGAAGUGACAAAGGGAAAAUGCCAACCAGAAUUACUCUUAUUUCGACGUUUCUGGCAGGGGCUCUAUAUGCAGCAGCUUCUCUCGCUUUUUAGUGACACAAUUAAGGCUUUCUUCUUAUUUUGCUUACUGCUUUACUUUAUUAGCUGCAAAAAUUGUAUUUUCCAGAAAUAAUCAGGGGAAAUCUACGCUGCAUUAGUCUAUUACCAA